AUGCCUCAAAAAUUAGCUGUUCAAAACCUGCCCUUUGGGGCCGAUGAAUCCUCAGCGCCCGCUCACCAACAGGCGGAAGAGAUUAUUCACAGAUGCGUCGGAUACCGCCCCGGAAACAAACGCGGCGGCAGCAAUGCUGAGGAAAUUACUCCAGAUUCAAAGUUUCGUGACGAUCCUCUGCCCUUGAAGUUAAUUUCAGGGAUGGCUGACGUACAAAUCACCGGGCCACAACGGCAAAUAUUGAAUGGACAUGGAUCGGAACAUUACGCUGCACAGAGUCGUAAGGAAGAAAUAGAGAACUGGAUUUCAUAUGUGCAAAGCGAAAGCGAAAAUUUUACCAAGUACGAGUAUAAUAUGAACAAGGAUACCAACAAUGGAGAUACUCCUCUCAAUGGGUAUACGGUCAACGCGAGCCUACCCAGCCCUGCAGAGCACUUCGAAACUAAGGAAGAAGUCGAUCUGAGAAUUCAAGCUGUCAUUGACUUCAUAUUCCACGCCAUUGACCCUCUUGCAUUCUUAGCAAAAUACGCUUCCGACCUCAAUAUUGACGAGAGCUAUAAGGAGGAAAUCGAUAGUGAUAAGAAUUAA